GAGGGUGUGUUUCCGGAAGACGUGGCUGUUGCUGCAGUAGCAGCUGUCAUCUAAAUUGUUCUCAGAAGAGUACUUGAAUGUUACUUUAAAUAUUAUCUAUUUAUAGUGUAUAUUAACCUGUUUAUUCACCGUCAAGAUGAUUUCGCUAACGGACUCCCAGAAGAUUGGAAUGGGAUUAACAGGCUUCGGCGUUUUUUUCCUCUUCUUCGGGAUGAUCCUGUUUUUUGACAAAGCACUCCUGGCUAUUGGAAAUAUCCUGUUUGUUGCUGGACUUUCCUUUGUCAUCGGGCUGGAGAGGACCUUCCGUUUCUUCUUCCAGAAACAUAAAAUUAAGGCCACCAGCUUCUUCCUGGGUGGUGUGCUGGUGGUUCUGAUCGGCUGGCCCAUCAUCGGAGUGGUGCUGGAGAUCUACGGCUUUUUCCUCUUGUUUAGGGGUUUCUUCCCAGUUAUAGUGGGCUUCAUCAGAAGAAUACCAGUCCUCGGCUCCAUCCUGAACCUUCCCUUCAUCAGCGCAUAUGUGGACAAAGCGGGAGAAAGCAACACCAUGGUAUAACAGACUCUUUGUACCCAGAGAAGGCUAUUUGAGAACAGUAGGUUUUAUAAAGCAUCACAAUCCCAUCAAAUUCCUCCCCCCCCCCCUGCCGCAGCCAAAGACUUUCUGUCUGCAAUUUCCCUUGUCAGUGCUACCAAUCAAAGGUUCAUCAGAGCGUCGCACCACCAGUCUGUUACUAAAGGGUGGAGUUACUAAGGUCACUACAAUAAAUAUUCCAAAAGCUAUUGAUCCUUUCCCUGUUGAGUGCAUCUGGCACGAAAAUGGAAGAUGGAAGACUCCUUCAAAGCACCAUCGACUCUGUCUACAUGACUCUCUUACACUGUGGAAAAAAACUGUCAAACAUACUGAUGUUCCACAAGGACGAGAAUUGGACAUACAGCUUGCCAUGUUGCAACAUUUCUGUGCCUGUGCUUUGACUUUUCUUGGACAAAAGUCCUGCUUCUUGCAGAUUUUCUGUGAUAUUUGGUCUAUUUUUUCUUUUCGCAGCUAUUUAAUUACCAAGUGUGGCUUUUGUUAUAUUUUCCUUUUGUUACAUGUCAUUUCUGAUUACAGUUGGCUAAUGAUUACUUACUUACUUCAUCUAAUGAUCAGUGCUUUACUUCAUCUCUAGUGAGGUGCUUUGGCAUCAUACUAGAAUAUUUUAGAAUCGUAUUGUUACAACUAUUAAAGUCUGGUCACAACAGAAAGAGGCAACACCAUAUUGUAGAUGACACAUGGAAGGUGAAUUUCAUCCAGUUGGUGCUAGAAGCUUUGUGAUGUAGUGAAUACUCAUGAGGCUAGCUAGCAAACUAGCUGUUUAGCUAACGGCUAACCCAAUAACUAGCCAGCUACAUGCUGUCACAAAAGCUAUCGAAGCUAGCCGCUUUGCUAACUGUCAGUAGCAAGCAAGGUCGCUUAGUCAUUAACAGGAUAAUACUCAGAGUUCAGUUUAUUUAAGAAACAUUUGUGUAGCAACCUCUCCUGUCUCAUUACUGUCAACACACCAUUGAUGUUUAAAGAGUAGUCUUCAUCCCAGAAGAGCAGGGUUGUAUGAAAGUCAAAUUCUGUCAAACUUGAUAUUUUUUAAAUGUUUGCAGACUAAAUGUUUCAGGUCAAUUUCAACUUGGGUCUUGGUAAAAACCAAAACCAAAUGUAUCCCAUAAUGGAUUAACACUUAAAAACUGGUAUGAUCCUGGUAGAUCUCUUUAAGAGUUCACACAUUAAACUCAUCACUGAAUGUAUAUAAUCAAACUCUUUUACAACCUGGGAACUUCCAUUCUGAGGCAACUUUACGUGCUUGUGAACCUACAGACCUUUUAUAUCUAAAUGUUAUCAUCAGGUCUUAGAGAACCCCUUUGGGGGUCGAGUCCUAUCCACAUUCAUUUGCUUCUUUUGUUUUUUUAAAACAAAUUCUUCAACAUUGCAGACAUCAGCCACCACAACCCAGGAGCUGAAUAAAUGGACUAUUUAACUGUGGGUUUUUCUGUUGGGAGCAUCCAAAUUGAAGUUACAUGUGAAAUGACGAUGUAUGUAUGGCACUUUUGUUGUAAAUAUACUAUGGAAGUAAGCUUUCUAUCUGCCAUCAA